AUGAUGUAUCCAUUGGUAUUUGUGGCAAUUUUAUUUACCCUUCUAUACUUUUAUUUCACAAGAACAUUUAACUACUGGAAGAGUAGAAAUGUCGCUGGACCCAAACCUUUACCUUUCUUCGGCAAUAUCAAGGAUUCCGUUUUAAGACGCAAGCCUUUGCCCAUUAUUUAUAAAAGCAUUUACGAUGCUUACCCCAAAGAAAAGGUUGUUGGGAUAUACAGGAUGACAACACCGUCUGUAUUACUGCGAGACCUGGACGUCAUAAAGAACAUCAUGAUCAAAGAUUUCGACCUAUUCACCGACAGAGGGAUUGAAUUCGACGACAAAGGGCUUGGAGCUAAUAUUUUCCACGCUGACGGCGACAGAUGGAGAAUUAUAAGGAAUCGUUUUACACCACUUUUUACCUCUGGAAAACUCAAGAACAUGCUAUAUCUGAUGACUGAACGAGGAGACAAGUUUAUGGAGUAUGUUACAGAACUUCAGGAAAAACAAACAGAACAACCUGUACAUAUCCUUAUUCAAAAAUACACAAUUGGAGCGAUUGCGGCGUGCGCUUUCGGUGUAGAUCUGGAUGACGAAAUGAUGAAAACAUUCCAAAAAAUGGACAAAAUGAUUUUCACUGCAAAUUACAGCACUGAAGUAGAUAUGAUGUAUCCUGGAAUUUUGAAAAAGUUCGGUGGAUCAUUGUUUCCACAGCAAAUAAUAGAUUUUUUCUUAAGUCUCGUCCAAAAUGUUAUCAAACAACGUGGAGGGAAACCGUCAAAUAGAAAAGAUUUCAUGGAUUUGAUAUUGGAAUUGAGACAACAAAAAACAAUAGAAGGGACAAAGAGAUACGAACAUGAAGACCAAACGUCACUCGAACUGACGGACAGCAUUAUUGCAGCACAGGCAUUUGCAUUCUACGCAGCCGGCUAUGAAUCUAGCGCUUCGACCAUGUCAUACAUGCUAUAUGAAAUGGCAAAGAAUCCUACCAUACAAGACAAAGUGAUUCUAGAAAUUGACGAAGUUCUUAAAAGACAUAAUGGUGAAAUUAAUUAUGAUUGUUUAAAUGAAAUGACGUACUUAGAUCAUGUAUUUGAUGAAACAUUAAGGAAGUAUCCGAUAGCCGAUCCUAUACAACGUAACGCCAAUAGCGACUACAAAGUACCAGGCACUGAUAUUAUUAUCAAGAAAGGCCAAACCGUUGUUAUAAGUUGUUGGGGAAUUCAAAGAGAUCCCAAUUACUACCCUGAUCCCGAUAAAUUUGAUCCUGAGCGUUUCAGCCCUGAGAAUGUUAAAAACAGACACAUUUGUUCUUACCUACCAUUUGGAACCGGACCCAGAAACUGCAUAGGAAUGCGUUUCGCUAAAAUGCAAUCUCGCGUUUGUAUUGUGAAGCUGUUGUCAAAGUUCCGUGUGGAGCCAUCGAAGAAGACCCCGCUGAAGGAAUUCGAUUACGAUCCUGUGCGUUUAUUCGUGUUUCCCAAUGAAGGAAUUUAUCUAAACAUUAUACGCAGAUAA